AUGGAGUUCGGAGUAGGCGAUGUCGCCCAGAUAUCGGCAGAAUUGGCUCGAAUGGUCGAGAUGAUGAUGUCACCAGGCAUAUCUCAGCCACAACGGCUGGAUAUGUACAACGCUCUUGAAAGAUUCAAAGAAUCUUCGCCGUUGUGCGCACAAUGUGGUUUGUAUCUGGCACAGAAAUCACCUGACAGAAGCUCAGUGGUACGCCACUUUGGUCUACAGUUAAUGGAGCACUGCGUGAAAUAUCGGUGGACACAAAUCUCGCAAUCAGAAAAAAUUUUCAUUAAGGAAAACGCAAUGAAAUUACUUCAAGAGGGUACUCAACCGCUGCUGCAGGAAGAGGCGCAUAUAAAAGACGCUCUGUCGCGCGUCGUAGUUGAGAUGAUAAAGCGAGAAUGGCCCCAGCAAUGGCCCACACUGCUGGCUGAGCUCAGCCAAGCCUGCACGCAAGGCGAGAGUCAAACCGAAUUGGUCCUACUGGUAUUUCUCAGAUUGGUGGAGGAUGUGGCACUCCUGCAGACGCUUGAAUCUAAUCAGAGAAGGAAAGACAUAUAUCAGGCCUUGACUACGAACAUGGCCGAAAUUUUUAGCUUUUUUCUAAGACUAAUGGAGCAACACUUUGCCGAGUUUCAGAAGAAAAGUGCCUUAGGACAGACGUCCGAAGCCGCGGCACAUAGUAAAGUCGUUCAAGUAGUACUGUCCACGUUGACUGGAUUCGUUGAGUGGGUUUCGAUAAAUCACAUAAUGGCCGAGAAGGGAAGAUUAUUACAGAUACUGUGCCUCCUAUUAGGAGAUCCUAUAUUUCAGUGUUCCGCCGCCGAAUGCUUGCUUCAGAUUGUAAAUCGUAAAGGCAAGGCUGAAGAUCGAAAGCAACUGAUGAUUCUGUUCUCGGAAGAGGCUUUGAGGUUUAUUUAUACCGCGGCCACUGCUCCACCACCUCUCACUGGACCUACGAAUUGCCACGAAAAUCACUACUUAUUUCUGAAGAAGCUCACACAAGUACUGACUGGCAUGGCGACGCAACUUUGUGCCCUGUGGGGAAAAGAUGAUGCUUCUAGCAUACGGCCGGCGCAUUUCAAUCUCUUUCUGGACACCGUUCUCACGUUUACCAUGUAUCAAAGCCUGACGCUCACACAUUUAGCGAACGCGAUUUGGGUGAUGCUGUUUAAGCAUGAACAAAUUAAGACAGAUUCGCUGCUGCUUACGUACGUGCCCAAGUACGUCGAACACACUGCACCCAAAUUAAUCCGCGUUACGUAUCCACACGGUAGACAGAGCAACGGUAUGACCACGUAUUGUCUUGUCGAUUACGACUCGGAGGAGGAGUUCAACGUCUUUCUCCAUCGCUUCAGAAUGGACUUAUUAGAAGGAUUUAGACACGCGACUAUGGUCGCACCUUUGGUGACAUUUACGUACGUGCAACAAUGGUUGACUGCAAAAAUCACAAAGGGUAUGGCAAACCUGCAAUACAAGAGCGAUCAGAACGAGCGAGAAUAUCUUGAAUGGGAGGCUCUUGCGCAAGCAUUAGAUUCCGUUGUGUCCAGAAUCUUGCUAAUCAAUGAGCGUCCAAGCGUGCAAACUGGUCUACAACUGUUGGAAUUGUGUUUGGGUUAUUCACCGCAAGAUCCUUGGCUUCUGUCUGCUCUGUUGUCCUGUAUAAGCGCCCUCUUCGUGUUUCUGUCGAUGUCGACUGGUUCGAUGGCCAUGCCAGGUGUUGCUAUUCUACCACGCGUCCUCGAGAAAAUUUUUGCUGCGUUGGUAUUCGAGGCGCCCGGCGAGAACGAGCGCAAUCGUUCACGAGCGGCCAAAAACGUGCGACGACAUGCGGCUAGCCUUAUGGUGAAGAUUAGUAUUAAGUAUCCGUUAUUACUGCUACCAGUAUUUGACCAGAUACACACGAUGGUACGCAGUCUGACCCAAGAGCCAAGCCCGUUGUCUCGAAUGGAGAGUGUCACGCUAUACGAGGCACUGCUGCUCAUCUCCAAUCACUUCUGCGAUUACGAAAGACAAACUCGAUUUGUCACGGAGGUGAUCGGCAAUACGUCCAGAAAGUUUAUCGCGCUGGGCACAGAAUGGUUCAAGGGACCGUUAGAGCUUAUGCGAUUCGUGGGACUAGACAGACCACCGAUGGAGAACGUGCUGGAAGAUCCAGCCCGGCAUAAUCGUAGCGAUCUCAUGAUGUGUAUCUGCACUGUUCUGAGUGUGGUUAAACGAUGCUCAAUUCCAGAAGAUCCUGAUCGUGCAGCCCGAGGUGGUUUCGUGGCCGCACUCAGCGAAAGCGGUAAUCCAGUAUAUCGAAAUCCAGCAACACCUCAUGUGAUCCCCAUUUUGCCAACGCUUUUCGCACUACUUCGAACAAUGAAUGGUCUUUUUAGUCAUGCUGCCCUUGCCACUCUAUCUGAGGGCUACAAAAAUGCUCAUGGACUUUUGGAAUCAGAGAAGGCGAAUCUUCUUGGUAUAAAUGUAACCAAUGACAAUAAUAGUGAAACGGACCAGGUCUCAAGCACAUCUCUGGUUCGAAUGCAAUCAUUCCUGAGUUCAAUUCAUGAUCAGUGUUACCAUAUGUUGGGUAGUGGUUGUCACAUGAUUGGUCGAGAUUUUUAUCAAUUACCUGGACUUGCACCGGCUUUAUUGAAUUCGGUUUUCUCGAAUAUGGAGGUGAUUCCAGAUUAUAGACUACGGCCAAUUAUACGCGUAUUCAUGAAGCCGUUUAUAUACUCGUGUCCACCGGCUUUUUAUGAGAGCGUACUAGUACCUGUACUGGCUCAUGUAUCCACACAUAUGUGCCAAAGAUUAAGCGCAAAGUGGCAGUAUAUAGCACAUCUUUACGAGUCCGGCGGUCUAGAUGAAGAAAAUACCGACACGCAAGAAGUUAUUGACGACAUGCUCAAUAGGAAUUUGACCAGAGAUUUCGUGGAUGUAUUAAAAGUGGCUCUGGUCGGCGGAGCCGCUAGUGACGCUGCUCCUCCAGACACCAUGGAACAAGACAGCGGGGGAAUGGCAGUGGAUCCACCUCUCUCGCGUGGAAACAGCAUUGUCGCCGAAGUCGUCAGCGAGCUCGGGACUUUCGUUUUGCGUCAUCCGUCCACUUGUCAGAGCGUCGUCCUAUGCGUACUAGGAGCGCUCGCAUGGAACGACUCAAAUGCAAGUCUCAAGGCUACAAUGUUGACUGGACCCGUAGUGCGAGCGCUGGCGGCUGAUGGCAGUCUUACUCCUUCAAUGGCAGCACACAUCAUGGUAGCUGUUCUGCAAGGUUUACAAUUGCAUGGUCAACACGAAGCCAAUCAGGGUUCCCUUAUCACUCUGGGCGCGCAGGUUUACGAGUGUCUCAGACCCAAGUUUCCAAAUAUCAUUGAAGUGAUGCAACAAAUCCCAGGGAUCAAUCCUGCCGACUUGCAACGCUUUGAUGAGAAAAUGUCGGUGGUUAGCACGAAAGGCAAUAAGGUGGAGAAGGGAAAGAAAGAUCUCUUCAAAAAAAUUACUAAUCAGCUUAUUGGCAGAAGCGUAGGUCAAUUGUUCCGUAAAGAAGUCAAAAUAGACAAUUUACCCCGGAUAGAGGUGUCCGGUAAGCCUCAACCAGUGCGCGUGGAUGAGAUUUCGAAGAAUGCCACUGAUACGGGAAUAACAGCACUAUUUGCUGGAUCUACGUAGCAGAUAAUUUUAGAAAACCACAUUUUGGAUAGCUGGUCUAACUCAAUAAGUAAUUAUAAGUUAUUGUAAAAAAGUAUCUUCUCAAGGAUGGCCAUACGGUGGCGCAGAAAAAGAACAUUCGAUUCAAAACUACUGAAAUAGCAAAUUUCUUUUUAAGAAAAUUCACAAGUUUCUUUACGGGAACUCACAGCCAUAAUAAGCCGUAUUGAAGUGUGCGCGGUAUCAUCUCGAUUUAUACGCAAAUUGCAAAUUUCAGAUAUUAUCUUUUAUUUAUAUUAACUGUAUUCCUUUAAAAAGUGUUUUUAAAAAGACGUGUGAUAGAAAGGGAAAAGUAAUGACACACGAAUUUUAAGAAAAUUGCAAUUGCUUUGUAAAAACUCGAGGUAAUACCUCCGGAAUCCUCGGGCAUAUCGAUGCCUGAUCACUCCAAUUAUUAGGUGCUGCAAAUUAAAUCUCGGAUUAUAAGUUAUAAAUACAUCUAUUUUAUAGUACACUUAUGCAAUGAUUCGUUUAUUUUAACCUUGAUUUAUCUGGAUCGAUAAUAAUGCGACAUGCACUUUAUUGAAAGAGAUACAUUAGCAAUAAUAUAUAAUAAUAAAAAUAAACAGAUUUUUAUAAUUCCAAUUUUUGUUUAGAAGAAAAGUAAUUGAUUGUUAUUAUUAUAAAAUAUAUGUUCCUUCUAAUUAAGUACGUGUACAUUAAUCAUUAUCGAUUUGAUAAAUCAGAACUACUAUCAGAGUCAACAAAUCAUUGCAUGGCAGUGUACAUAAAUGUUUAUGAGCAAUCAGGGAAAUAUUUCUGCACUUUCUUCACUCUGAACUUAAUUGAUAAAUUUUAAACUGACGAAGAUGCAACAUUAUACGCUUCGCGAUAUAAAUAUAGACAACUUUUUUACACUGCACGCGUUCUGUCUUUCUCUCGUUACUCUUAUUUAUUAUAAUUAAUUUUAAAGACUCGCGUAGAAGGAAGAACAGUUGAUAUCGUUCGUGUUUGCAUUUCAUAUUGUUAUAUUCAGGAAUAUUCGAUAUCUUUUAGGUAGCGAUAGAAAUUUUUCUUAUACAUUAUCAACUGUUCAAUGUCUAUUUCCCAACUUUUUUAUUAAAAAUUUCAAACGUAUCAUAUAAUGCCGCUUCUUUCGUGGUAAAUAUACGUGUAAACGUGUAAAAAUUCGUCGAGAUUGUGGAAAAAUUUUACAAUGAAACAUAAGGGACUAUUGUGAUAAGAUUAAUAUACAAUGAGAAAAUGUUACAAUAUAGGUGAAAGCAAACACGUCUCGAGAACCACAAAGUGAAUUUAAUUACUUGGUAUAAUCGAAGAAAGAAGAGAACCGAUAUGCGAGUCCGAGCUGUGACUGAUGUGUGCUAAAACGAACACUAUAAUAUAUUUAUUAUUUUCUUUUUUUUUGCUACUUUUUCUAAAUUAUGUCUUCGAAGUCCGUAGAGUUUGUAGUACGUUUUGGCCCGUACUCUUUAGCUUUUUUAUUUUCAUCAGUACUUAAAACAGAAUAAAUGCUUUACGGUUUAAAAAUAGAAAGAAAUAGAAACUUAUGGAAAAAGCUAAAAAAACCAUAUUUGUUGUAUUAUACUACGCUGAGGAUUUCGAAGUAUAGAGUUUAUUACAUUAGUGUCUCAUAUAUAUAUAUACAUAUUGUACAAUAAAAUCUUAUAAUGGUUGAGCUUAUACCAGAA